AGCGCCCCGUGAUUGGUCCCCGCCCGGGGCUCCCCCAACUUCCCAUUGGCUGCGAGGGAGGAGAGGCCGGCGCCCCGCGACGAUUGUUUGCGUCAGAGGGAGGCGAAGUUCCAAGGAACUUGGCCGGGCUGCGCGCGCGCCAUGGAGACCGAGCGAGGACGCGGAGGGAGGCAGAAAGAAAGGGGUGACUCAGGUGGCAUGGGUGCCACCCACCACCCCCGCCAAGGGGAUCAGGUGGUCCUCCCAGGCGCAUCAGAGUUGGGAGAGCCCAACUUCCACAUGCGCGCGCGCGGAUCCUCUUCCUUCCCCUUCUCUCCAAAUCUCUCGCACCUCUUGGGGUUUUGCAGGAUUGCAAGUAUCCAACUUUGCCGCUGCUAACUUUUUAUUUGUUUACUUCAUGUGUGCACUCAGUGAGUCAUCAUCACCUCCACUAUGGAGAAGAGCUCUUCCGAAAUCUAUCAGGAAGAGCAGGGGUUUAGUUUGACCUCUACGCACAGGGAGGCGCGCAGAGGUGCCCUUGCUGGGCGCGGGAGGGUGGUUGUUGUCGUUGUUCUCCACAUUCAGCGUGAGCAGUUGUGCGUCGGGUCUGAAAGUGGGAAGAAAGUGACACACCUAAGGGUUCGCCCCAGGGACAAUCCGUUGCCUAGAACCUGAAAUUAAUGAUUAAGACUGUGUGACAUUUGGGCUGUGCCCAGGAAUUAUACUUAGAUUUUUUUUUUAAGGAUGUGUGGUUUUGUGUGUGUAUUCCCGUUGCCUGAAAAAUGGAACUAAAACCUAUAUUGCUUGGAUUUGAAUGCGCAACCUCUUUAAAACCAGGUCUGUCCUACUUGUGGUCACAGUGCUCACAAGUGGAUUUGUACGGUUGACUAGAAUAUGUUUUGAAGGUUGCUCGUGAAAGCAUUCUUGCAGUCUUAUUCCAAGCAUGUUUGCUCAGAAGUAUGUUGGGUUGUGGGACAUGGGUGGCGCUGUGGGUUAAACCACAGAGCCUAGGACUUGCUGAUCAGGUUGGCGGUUCGAACCCCCGCAAUGGGGUGAGCGCCCGUUGCUCGGUCCCUGCUCCUGCCAACCUAGCAGUUUGAAAGCAUGUCAAAGUACAAGCAGAUAAAUAGGUACUGCUCCGGUCGGAAGGUAAAUGGCGUUUCCGUGCACUGCUCUGGUUCGUCAGAAGCAGCUUAGUCAUGACCCGGAAGCUGUACGCCGGCUCCCUCGGCCGGUAAAGCGAGAUGAGUGCUGCAACCCCAGAGUCGGCCACGACUGGACCUAACCCUAACCCUUUACCUUUUACGUGUUGGGUUGUGAGUGACCUUUCAGCAGCGCAUACAGUAACUCACUGUGGGUUCCCAGAUGUUGUUGGACUACAACUCCCAUCAUCCCUGACCACUGGUCAUGCUGGCUAGGAAUGAUGGGAGUUGUAGUCCAACAACAUCUGGGGACCCACAGCUUGAGAAACACUGCUAAAUGGACACACCAUAUAUAAAAAAGAGGAAAGUGUGCAUUUUUCCUUCAAAAGUAUUGCUUUCUAUCCAGUUUAAUAAAUCAGCUAAGAUUAAUUAACCAGGUGACAGUCCUGGAAGUCAGCCCUCCUGAUUUCAAUGGAAUUUGGCCCUGUGCAGCUCUGCCAACCUUUGGGGGGCCAGUUGACACAUUUGGAAUUUUGAGGAAGUGCCGUGGUCCCGGAAAUGUUGUUGAAGGGAUGUGAUGUAACAAAAAAAUGGCUACCAAGAGCAGCAAGAAAGACAAGACCGCAAAAUGGUGCAAGUCCCCCAUCAAGCGGGGGGUGGGAGGAAGGAGGCACUGUUACACUCACUCACAGAGAGAAGCUCUGUUCAGAACAGCAGGGAGGCUGGGUGUCCAAUCCAGGCACCCAGGGAAAGUUUACAGGGGUGGCAUGCUCAGUGCUGGGGAGGCUGAGCCAGUGCAAACAGGAACUUCAAUAUGAGCUAUAAUCUGGCCUUGGAAUGUGUUAGGAAAGUGUAUCAUUCAGAGCCUUUGCCAAGCUCUAGAAACCUAGACUGAGGCAAAUAGCAUUGUACAUUCCCCACUGAAAGUAGGUCAAUGCAAUCCAAACAAAGCUAUGAAGAUCUCCGGCGAUGUCCCAAAUUUCAUUUAUUUGGUCUGGCAAAACUUAGGAAAUGCCAAAACCAGUGUCUAAAAUUGAGCUUCAGACCCCAGCCAAAAUAACCCUUGAUUAACGCAGUUCUGAGAGAAACAGUUUAAAAUCCUUGUUGACCUACCCAGGGUAAAACAAACCCAGGCUGCUACAUUUGGAGACCAGCUGACGUUUCUGAGCUGUUUCCAAGGGCAGCCCCCAUUGAACACAGAAUAGUAAUUGGAAGGGGGUGGAGUCAGCAGAGCCCUUCCGCCCGGCAACCAUUCCACAGUGCAUUCACCUUAAUGGAGAAUGAAAUCUGAACCUUCGGAACAUUGUGCUAAUAGGAACAGAAGAUGAGUUUGAGGAUUAGCUGUGACUUUCUUUCGCCCAAGGUCACUCACACGCAGCCACUUUUGAUAAUAAUGAUAAGACUGUUGUCAGUACAAUACCAUUCUGGUACUAUGUUGUGAUGAUAUAGACAGCCACAAAUGGAGUUGGUUUCCUUGACCAAAGGUAUGCACUUAAUUAAAUUUUAGUUGGUAUUAUGUCAUAUCUAUGUGGCUACUUUUGAAUCAUAUGAUAAGCCAUAUGAAUAAGCACUGAGCCAAAACGUGUCCACCAGUUUCCCAGAAGUUUCCUUCCCUGAGAAAAAAGACUUCCAUUUUCCUCCUUCGUUCUCAAGACAGUUUAGAUUAUCUUUAGCAUUUCUGUGGGCGCAGGAUUUUGAGCUUACCUUGAGCUGCGAGGCAGUCAAGAGAGAUGUGUCUUUUUCUUUCCUGUUUUUCUCCAGUGCUCUGUGGCCUAUCAGUCUGCCUGCACUUCUUGAUCUGGAAAAAGCCACAUGUUGCCUUCUCCUGGUCUUCCAUUGCGGCUUCUAUAAGCUGCCAGCAUUGCGACAGUGGACACAGCCCAGGAAGCCCAUUUGACUAGUCAGCUAAACCAGGUGCUGGUAGCUGAUGGGUCUCAAACCCUCAGUGAAUUAGAGACUUCCCCCUGCAUGCAAAGACAGAUUGAGAAGAUAAGACCAAUAUUGGGCCCAACAGUAGAUAAGGCCAGUGCCGGAUUUAUGUAUAAGCUAAACAAGCUAUAGCUUAGGGCCUCACUCUCUUGGGGCCCCCCAAAAAAAUAAAGGAAAAAAACACCUGGAUAUACAUUUCCAAAAUAUAAGAUAAAAAAAACAAAUAAAAUAAAACCUACAUACAGCAACAGUUUUUUGUGUUGUGUAGGCUCCUAUUUUGUUUUGUACAAAUGGCUUUAGAUACCUAUUAGGUCCAUAAAUUACCAUAUAGCAUAUAUUCAACACAAAAGACAGCAACAAUUUGUUGUUGACAAAGGACAGCUGGGCAUACAAAGGGCCCUAUUACUUUCAGUAGCUCAGGGCCUCAUCAAAACUAAAUCCGGCCCCAGAUAAGGCAGUUUCUGCAUGUGCUGUGUAGAGGGAAGUAAGGGACAGAUGGGGCUCAUCAACCUGGGAAGGAAGCCCAUCUAGGAGAAGAAAAACUCUGACCCAAACCUCUGCUUCCUUUUGGGACAUUGUUAUGUACUGAGGAUCCAAAAUGCAGCAGUCUGAUUGGUCCUAGAACAAUAGGAUCCUGAAUGAGCAGUCUGAUUGGUCCACAGGAGCCACCCAAUCCAGCUCCAGGUGGAAGUGAAUCCGCAACCUGAUUGGCCUACAGGAGAAUCCCGGAAUUAGCCAAUCACGUGGGGCCCAUUGUGUAAAUAAUGUAUAUAAAGCAGACAUUCUGGGGGAACUUCCAUUCCUCCUCACCACUAUGAGCUGAAUAAAGAGCAUGAAAUCCA